CUGUCCGCAGUCCUUGGUCAUCCCCUGUACUGUCCGCAGUCCUUGGUCAUCCCCUGUACUGUCCGCAGUCCUUGGUCAUCCCCUGUACUGUCCGCAGUCCUUGGUCAUCCCCUGUACUGUCCGCAGUCCUUGGUCAUCCCCUGUACUGUCCGCAGUCUCUGUCUCUGGUCAUCUCCUGUACUGUGUCCGCAGUCCCUGGUCCAUCUCCUGUACUGUGUCCGCAGUCCCUGGUCCAUCUCCUGUACUGUGUCCGCAGUCCCUGGUCCAUCCCCUGUACUGUGUCCGCAGUCCCUGGUCCAUCCCCUGUACUGUGUCCGCAGUCCCUGGUCCAUCUCCUGUACUGUGUCCGCAGUCCCUGGUCCAUCUCCUGUACUGUGUCCGCAGUCCCUGGUCCAUCUCCUGUACUGUGUCCGCAGUCCCUGGUCCAUCUCCUGUACUGUGUCCGCAGUCCCUGGUCCAUCUCCUGUACUGUGUCCGCAGUCCCUGGUCCAUCUCCUGUACUGUGUCCGCAGUCCCUGGUCCAUCUCCUGUACUGUCCGCAGUCCCUGGUCCAUCUCCUGUACUGUGUCCGCAGUCCCUGGUCCAUCUCCUGUACUGUCUGCAGUC